AUGAACCUGCAGGAAGAGUUGAUGAUGUGGAAGCUGCUGUGGGCUCAGGGGCUGGGGGCUCCCUCCUGCUCAGGACAGCCCCUUCUUCACAGCGAGUGGCUCUUUCCUGCUCUUCCAGCUCCAGUCAAGUGCAUCAGAUCCCAUCCCGUGCUCACCCUGGUGCUGAUUCUGCUCCUGCUCCUGGCUCUGGGUGUGUCCUUGGCUGUUGUGUCCGGGGGAGGACACAGAGAGACUCCAGUUACUCCAGUUACUCCAGUUACCCCAGUUACAGCUGACACUCCAGUGCUGCUGGCCUGUCCCCAUGGCUGGGUCGGGCACCGCGGGAUCUGCUWCUUCCUCUCGAGGGAUCAGCUCAGCUGGGAUCAGGCUCAGGCUCGGUGCUCUGAGCUCGGGGCCUCCCUGGCCGUGCUCAAGGACUGGGAAAUGGAGUUCCUCUUCCCUCACAGUGCCAGGGUCGAUUAUUGGCUCGGGCUGCGCAGACGGAGCCGGGAGCUGCAGUGGGGGGACGGCAGCAGCUUCAACUCCUCGGUUCCUGUCCUGGGCAAUGCAGGGUGUGUGUUCCUGGCUGAGGGUGUGCUCAGGAGUGCUCCCUGCUCAAAUGAGAUGCGCUUUGUCUGCAGCAGGGCCCAAACUCGCCUGUGGUGGGGGAUGGACAAAGSUCCGUCUCCGUGCUGGGCACUCUCAUCUUCUCCUCUUCCCCCCCAGCACAGGCAUGUCAUUCCUCAGCUGCACCAUCUGUCUUUCAUUUACUCUUAGGGCCACUUUGUAGGGUCACCUCAGUGUCUGUGUUCAGGGUCACCUCAGUGCCUGGUCUGCAGGAAAUGAAUMUCCAGGAGGUGAURUGGAAGCUGUUCUGUGRCUGCCUGGGCUGGGGCUGGGGGUUCCUUUCUCCUUCUGGAMCCAUYCCAKAACUCGUCCUGUUUCUCUUGCACUGYAUGUUUCUAUGGGAACCCUUCAUAUAUUUGUUGCUAUGGAAUCAGAUUUCAAACACUUUCUUCUUAACACUCUAUACACUAAUCUUGUGUGAAUUUAUUGAUCUAUCUCCAUGCAUACACACUGCAAACAGGUGCUUCUGUAGGAAUGUGACCUUGGUUGGAGCAGAGUGACAGUAAUGCCAAGGUUGGGACUUGACCCCACAGGGGCAAAUCCCUUAAGAGCUGAAUUCAAACCUUGUGGGUCCCUCUCACUCAGAAGAUUCUGUGAGAUAUCCUUGUGUGACCCCCAUCA